AUUAAAGGUUUACUUUACACGGGAUUAAAAUCAUUCACUUUUUUGUAAUGUCAGUGUCCUAUUCUCUAUUUUAUGUUAAAAAAAUAAUUAGGUCAGUGGAAGUGGACAUAUCGUGAAAUCUAUUUUUAUGUUAUCAGUUACCACUUCCAUGCAAGUGUUUCAUAAAUACUGCAUCAUUAACUAGUCUGUCCAGUCUCAACAUAAUAAUCAUUACUGAAAUCAUGGAGUAUAUUCUUGUAGUUGAAUUUGAGUCCCUUAGUGAGGUUACAUCUAAAAUUAUGAACCUACCACUAACUCAUUUGAUUCAACUGGAAACUUAUUUUCAAAACUUAAAUGUUUUGUGCAAAAGAAUACAAGAUGAAAUGUUUGAAGUAGAUGUGGAGGGUGUUAAAAUAUUGACCGUACUCGGAGGCCCUGCAUUCUGUUACAGAGUAAUAAGUCAAUCCAUGGCAAUUGAAGAAACUGUAAUUGGAGGAGGGACAGUUAAAAUUCAAAAAACUAUCUGGACAAUGGGUAAAGAAAAGUAAACGAAUAAUAAACACUGUAAAAAUU